GAAGCUUCCCGCAUCCAUUUUGCUACCCAUCACGAGACUAACGUGCAUCUCAUCCUCAGUUUUCACAUAUAAAACCACCACCUCCACCGCCUUUCUGUUUUGCUCUCUCCUCUCCCCUUCCCCCAAUGGCUCAUUCCGAAUCCCGACGUCGAGGCUCCGGUAAGCGUGCCUCAUCCGUUACAUUACCUGGGACUGUCUCAUCCACAUCACUGUCACCAUCACAAUUACCAGCACCUGCAGCACCUUGUGGUGCAUGCAAAUUCCUGAGGAGAAAAUGCGUUAGUGGGUGUAUUUUUGCACCCCACUUUGGCACUGACCAAGGAGCUGCCCGGUUUGCCGCUGUGCACAAAGUGUUUGGUGCUAGUAACGUGUCCAAGCUUUUGUUACACAUUCCGGUGAACCGCCGCCACGACGCUGUGGUUACAAUUUCUUAUGAGGCUCAGGCACGCCUCUCGGAUCCUGUUUACGGCUGUGUCUCCACCAUACUUGCCUUACAGCAACAGGUGGGAUCUCUUCAGGCCGAGCUAGCGAUGGUGCAAGGUCAACUGCUGAACAGCCAGUUCGCGAUGGCGAACGCCCUACAGAACUCCCCCCAGCAGCAGCAGCAUCAGCAGCCACAGCAACCGCAGCAGCAUGUGGGGGUGAUACAGCCCGCCUACUCAAACAGCUCUUCAGUCUCUACCAACUUCAUCAACAUGAGCAAUUUCGCCUCCAACUUCGACCUCGUAGCUGAAACUGGUGUGUCAGUGCCGUCUUCCCAGAGCAUGGAUCACUUCCAUGAGCUCUCUCGGCCUGCCCUCGAUGACGAAGAAGAUGAAGAAGAGAGCCAGAUUCCUUUAAUGUUUAAUAAUGAUCAGAUAAAUCUUAGCAGGAGAUAAAUUAAAGUUUGUAGAAUUUCGUUUCUUAGUAAGGCUUUUUGUCCAAAUAAUGAUGGUGUUGGUGCUGAUAGUUAAUAAUAGAAAUAUUAAAUAUUAUUUUCUCAUUUA